GCUCCUGGCCGUGGUCACUCCUGUUGGGCUCAGAACAAGCAGAGUCCUUACUUCCUCUGAGGCGGCUUGUUUCACAGAGGCGUCUGCAAUGCGAGAUGUGCUGACCCAGGAGAGCGGCUCAGGAGAGCCGUCUGACGGACUCCGCACCUCCCAGGUCGUCUUCCAGGUGAUCCCGUCCUGCUCCCGAGCAGGCCUGGGCCACAGUUUUAUCCCGUUGGUGUUUCUCGUCUCCAUAUAGGAGGCGGGCCAGUCUGACAGCGGGGCCAGUGGCAUAGACGCUGCUGCCUGUGCCCAGGAGGCUCGGCCAGAGCUCUUCUCCUGGCCCAAAGGCCCCUCACUGACCUGGCGGGGACAGGGGGGGACUUCAAGGCACUGUCAUCCAGAGGCCAUGGCCCUGCCCACGACUCGACGCUCCCUGGGGACCUGUGGGGCCCCCGCCCAUGGCAGGCUUCUGCUGCUGCUCCUCAGUCUUGGGUGGCUGCAGCCUCUGAGGUCCCAGGUUACCGAGACGGGACAGGCGGAGAUCCAGGACCCAGGCUUGGGCACCACCAGCGGCCUCACCAGCUCCAGUCCUCCUCCCCCGGCUGGCGGGCUGCCUGGGGCCCCUGGACCAGGACCAUCAGGCAGCAGCCAGGGCAGUUCUGCCACGCAGAGGACCCCCCUGCAGGCCUCUAUAUCUGGACAGGCCCCUGUCAAAGUGGUCAGUCUCCGAGCUGGACAUUCUGAAGGGCUUGGGGGCCAUGUUGGACCAGCCCAUCAUCCAGGACAUCCCCAAGAUAGGGCCUGUCCCCAGAGGCAGGGGACCUGCCCCCCAGGCCGGAAGCCCCACACAGUGGACGAAAACCUCAUCUUUUAUGAAGAGUGGGAGCUGGAGGCCUGUGUGGACGGCGCCCUGCUGGACGCCCAGAUGGCCCUGGUGAACAUGCUCCCCUUCACCUACCAGCAGAUCCACAUCCUCAAGUGCAGACUGGACCAGACCUACCCACAGGGCUACCCUGAGUCCCUGGUCCAGCGCCUGGGCUACUUCUUCCGCUACGUCAGCCCCGAGGACAUCCACAAGUGGAACCUGACCUCCCUGGAGACUGUGAAAGCCCUGCUCAGUGUCAGCAAAGGGCAAAGGAUGGACACGCAGGUGACUGCCCUGAUUGCCCGCUAUGUGCUGGGCGGGGGCCAGCUGGACCAGGACACCAUGAGUAGCCUGGCUGACGUCCGUCCUGCCUACCUGUGCUUCCUCAGUGCUGAGCAGCUGGACUCCGUGCCCUCCAGGGUCAUGUGGACCCUCAGACCCCAGGACCUGGACUCAUGUGGCCCUAGGCAGCUGGAUAUCCUCUACUCCAAGGCCCGCUGGACCUUCAGGAAUAUGAGCCAGCCUGAGUACCUUGGGAAGAUCCAGACCUUCCUGGGUGGGGCCCCUGUGGAAGACCUGCGGACACUCAUCCUGCAGAAUAUGACCAUGGAUGUGGCCACAUUCAAGAGGCUGCGGGUUGAGGCUGUGGUGGGCCUGACCGUAUCUGAGGUGCAAAGACUCCUGGGAACACACGUGGGGGACCUGAAGGCUGAGGAGGAGAACAGCCCCGUGCGGGACUGGAUCCUGCAGCAGCGGCAGGAGGACCUGGACACGCUGGGGCUCCAGGGCGGUAUCCCCAACGGCUACCUGGUCCUGCACCUCAGCUCCCGAGAGGCCUUCUCUGGGGUGUGUCCCCUCCGCGGACCUGGACUUGUGCUGGCAGCCAGCCCGGCUCUGCUCCUGGCUUUGACCCUGAGCUGAGGCCACCUCUUCCUCUGCAGAGAGUGGCAGCCAGGUGGUUGCUGUCAAGCUCAAUAAACAGUAGCACCUGCCCUGCA